AUUCUUGCUUUCCGAAUUUUCUCUCUCUUCUUCCUUUUGCUCUCUCUCUCUGGAUUCUUCAUCAUCAUCUACGGUAUAAACUAAGAAGGAUCGGAGCUCCGCUCUACUGAAACGGAUCGGAGAUCGAACAUAGAGUUGAGUAAUGAAGAUUUUUGUAAAAACUUUGAAGGGAACUCACUUUGAAGUUGAAGUUAAGCCUGAAGAUAAGAUUGCUGAUGUUAAGAAAAGCAUAGAAUCUGUCCAAGGAGCAGGUGUAUAUCCUGCUGCACAACAGAUGCUUAUUCAUCAAGGGAAGGUUCUCAAGGAUGGAACAACCUUGGAAGAAAACCAAGUUGCUGAAAACAGUUUUGUUGUCGUCAUGCUUUCCAAGACCAAGACCCCAACAGCUGAAAGUUCUGCACUAACCACUGCACCCACAAUUAAGGCACCACAGACAAGUGCUCCAGUGCCUCCUGCAGCCCCUCAACCUCCUACAGCAUCCUCAACAGCUUCAAGUCCUGCCCCAGCAGCAGCAGCAGCAGCUCCUGCUACAUUGGUUACUGCAGGGUCAGAGUCUGAUGUCUAUGGUCAAGCAGCUUCAAAUCUAGUUGCUGGGACUAAUCUUGAGGGAACAAUUCAACAAAUUCUGGACAUGGGUGGAGGUACUUGGGAUAGGGAGACUGUUCUUCGAGCUCUUCGUGCUGCUUUUAAUAACCCAGAGAGAGCUAUUGAAUAUUUGUACAGUGGAAUUCCUGAUGUCGCUCCUGUGGCUCCAGCUCCAGCUCUAGGAAGUGUGAUCCCUCCAGCUCAGCCUCAAGCAGAACAACUUACAGUACCUGCAGCUCUUACUUCUAGUGGACCUAAUGCGAAUCCAUUAGACUUGUUCCCUCAGGGUCUGCCAAGCAUGGGCUCCAACACUGCUGGUGCGGGCACACUGGACUUUCUACGUAAUAGUCAACAAUUUCAAGCAUUAAGAUCCAUGGUGCAGUCUAAUCCACAAAUUUUACAGCCAAUGCUUCAAGAGCUAGGGAAGCAAAAUCCUAAUCUGAUGAGACUUAUACAGGAGCAUCAGUCUGAUUUUCUUCGUCUGAUCAACGAACCUGUUGGAGGAGGAGGUGGUGGAACGGAUGGGAACACAAGGAGUCAUCCGGAUUUAGGAGCAGUGCCACCAGCUGUAACAGUGACUCCUGAGGAACGUCAAGCCAUCGAUCGCCUUGAAGCGAUGGGGUUUGAAAGGGCACUAGUAUUGCAGGUGUUCUUUGCGUGCAACAAGAAUGAAGAACUUGCUGCCAACUACCUUUUGGAUCACAUGCACGAGUUCGAAGAAUAGUAGGGUAUUAUUAUUAGAGCAAUUAUAUAGUUGGAACACCAAUUUCAGUUUAUUUUCCCUUUUCCUUGUUGUUUAUCAGUCUUUUUUUUUUCAUUACACAAUGGUACUCUAGUUUGUCUCAUUUUAUUGUUCUGGACAGGAAUUAUGUUGCCUUGCUUUUUUUUUUUAUCAAGUACUUUCCAUUCCAAUUGUGUUUGGAUGUCU